AUUUUCAUUUUUGCCUGCGUUUCAUCGCUACUUCAGCGCAACAGUGUAGCCCAUACCAUGGCCGAUAUCGAAAACAGACCAACUGCGGAGAUUAAAAAUUGAACAAAAGAAACAAAAUCGAAAUGCCAGGCAAAUGAGCCCGGAAAAGUGAUUGAAGCUGUUCGCGUCCACAAGUGUAGUAUUACUUCCCUCUGGUGUGUUAGAAAUCGGCCAGAAUGUUGCAGUUUCUAAAGAAGACAGGUCGAAGAAAAUCUAUCACAACCGGCAGCACCAGCGAGUACCAUCCUUCAUCGAUACUAAAUAAUGAUUCAACGACGAUCCCAUCAUCACUCAGAACAUCGGAUGAUGUCAUCGAUGGUGCGAAAUCACCUGAAAACGAUGAGGAGGCAUUGAGACUAGCAGAGCGGUACUGCUUCGAACGGAAAGAUACCGCUGCUAUUCGCGUGUCGAAACUUUCGCGCCGUAUGAUUGAUAUUCUGGCGGAGCAGAGCUGCAUCUGCUACUUUGUGCAAUUUUUAGAAUCGAAAAAUGCUCUCGCACUGAUUAAAUUCUGGCUGGAAGUGGAAAGCUUCAAGGCGGCAGCUUCUGAAACUGUGCGGAGUGUGCUGAGGUCGUCCGUUGGUGGUUCCGGUGCUCACGUGCAUGGCCGAUUGCAUCGUAGCGUCUCUUCCGACGGGUACGAUAGUCUAUCGUACUUUAGCAUAGACUGCGAUUCGCUAUCGACGAACUCAUUCUCGGAAAAUGCCUUUGAAGACUCACAAUCGGCCGACGACCUGCGUGAGCUGGAUUCUCGUACAUCACAAAGCUGUACGCCUGUACCUCCGCCCACUCCACUGGAGGUGCUCGAGGAGGUGGACAUUAAGGAUGAAAGUUCCGAGACAGUGGUCCUGCGAGAAGGAGAAGAAGAAGCGAAGGGCCAAGAAACCAGAGGGAAACACAUGGAAGUCUGUGAUAUAACGGUCAUGCGGCAGUCGUUGACUGACGAUGAAAAAACACAAAUCUGCGAAGCAGGCAAAGGAACAGCGUUGGAAUCGUCGGUUGCUACGGCAACGGCAAAGCCUAUCCGAGUCUUUAACUCGCUCAUCAACUCGGAUGCGGUAAGAAUCUAUAGGAAGUAUUUGGUCACCAGUUCGCCACACUAUAUCGAAAUGCCGGCCACCAUACUGUCCCACAUCUCGCUAGCACUUGCUGGCAGCAGCGGGACGUGCAGUGAGAGUAUCUUCAACGAAGCACAAAACCAUCUGCUGGAAAUAUUGGAACAAACCUACUUGAAUCCCUUUCUGGAGAGCUCGUUCUACUGUAAGUACACACUGGAGGUCCUGACAAGCGAUAACCUUACGCUCCGCGACAUUUUGGGGAGCGAAAUGGCGUUGUUCUACUUUAUGGAGCAUCUGGAGCAGCAGGGCAAGCGCCACUACCUGGAGUUCUAUGUGGGGGCGGUACAUUUCAAGCGUUCGGUCGAGAAUCAAAUCCAAGCCCAGAAGGACGCCGUCGUGCUGUACGAGAAAUAUUUUUCCCUACAGGCCACCAGUACGCUUGGGCUGAGCGAUAAGAUACGCUUCCUGCUCGAGGAGCAUAUAUGCUCGGCGGAUCCAACCAUCGUAGCUGAAUGCUUCGAGCUGCCGGUACGAAUUAUUGAGCACUUUCUCGAGCAGCGGUACUUUGCGGGAUUCAUCAAAUCGCCGCUCUACUGCCGGUUCAUCAGCGAACUGCUCGGAAAGGUGAAGACGAGUGCAAACGACGGUGGUGGACGUGGGACAGAAGGACAGCGCAACGGUGGUGGAGGCCGGCGUGGACAUCGCAAAACGCUGUCGGACGUAACGAGCGAUUGCAGUGCAGGUGGUGGUCGGCGUGGAAACACGGUUGCGUUCAUUUCCUCCCAAAACACUCUGCUGGCCAUGUCCGACACCAACUACCAGCGAAACCGGAAGCACUUGGUAGCCGUCGCACUGGCGGCUGCCAGCAACAGCGGUCCAUCUGGGAGUGGUACGGGCGUUGGCGGCAGUGUUUACGGGGGCGGUGAUAUUAUGCAAAUCGACUCACGUCAACUGUACAAUCCGGAUCUGCUGUGGCGACGGCGUACGUCGCCUGUGGCGGGUCUAACGUUCGGGCGGAUCGAUGCACUGGGUCGGUACGAGCGAGAUUUCGAUAUCGCGGAACCACCGUCCGGAGAUGAUCGUUGGAAUCGUAACCGAAUCAAGAAAGCCGUUCGCAAGCUUGUCAAUUUGCCGGAGGACAAGGCACAGGAAGAGUUGGCCUGGCAGGUGGCCGAGAUGAUUGUGAAAGACAUUACGAACGUUACCAUGAAUAGUAGUAGUAGCAGCAACAAGACGUGAUUGAAAACGAAUCCUCUCUGCGGGGGCGAAGUGAUCCUGGUGAUGGUGGAACAUUUUUUAAAAUGAUUCAAGCGUUGAAGCAAAAGUAUUAACACUAAUUCACUCACUCGCAGAAUGGGACAGUUCUGUGGCUUCUUUACGUAAUAUUACUAACUAGUAGUCCGGGAGAUGUAGAGCGAAUCUCUUCACGGCAACAUGAUGGUGCUUACAAGAAAAACAAACAUUCGACAUGGUUGUUGAUGAACUACUAUUAUUUACUACUUACAGUAGGCAAUGCUUCCCUAGAGGAAUAAUGUUAUUGUAUUAUACGAAUACGCCCUAACCGCUGCACAUUGUGCCGGAACAAAAUGAUCGGCCAACCCGUACGUAUGCUCUCGAAUUAUUUUUGUUUAAUGAGAAUUCUCAUUUUUAACUCAUCGUGCAUUGCCACACGGAUUAAGUAGUAUUGUUUUUAUUGUAAAUUCAUUUUAUCUCGAACAAAUUCGUUCAAAGCGCGACAAACUGUAUGUAAUCAGGGAAUGCAUACAGUAUUAGGAGCUGUAGAGAUGUGCCAAUACUCUUUGGGACAUGCUUGUCGGGAAUCGCGGUCACCAUUACCGGCACGAUCGGCUUAAGACCGUAAAAAUCGUCCAACACGCGGGCUGGCGCCUGUUUAAUGUUCAAUCUGUUACUUUUUUAUAGCGAUUAAGGAAAGCAUUAAUAUUAUCGGUUUAAAAACACACACACAUUUAUCUCAAAAGAGCAACCAUGGAACAAAAAGAGCAUACCAUCGUAGCAGCGCAGAGCGUGGCGCAAAAGCAUCGUACAACAUGUCCAAUUAUGUUAAGGGAUAUAGUAAGGAACAAAAUAUAUUUUCUUACAAAUAACAGAAAA